CAGAUGCGAGCGCUGCGGCUGGGCGCUAAAGAUCGGCGGCUGCCUGCCUGGAUUCCACAGCCUCGCGCCGCGUACUGUCGCGCCAUCCCUGCGAGCCCCGGCCUGCCAAGCAGCGUGCCCCCGUGGCGGGCGUCAUGCAGCGGGCGCGACCCACGCUCUGGGCCGCUGCGCUAACUGUGCUGGUGCUGCUCCGCGGGCCGCCGGUGGCGAGGGCUGGCGCGAGCUCUGCGGGCUUGGGUCCCGUGGUGCGCUGCGAGCCGUGCGACGCGCGUGCACUGGCCCAGUGCGCGCCUCCGCCCGCCGUGUGCGCCGAGCUGGUGCGCGAGCCGGGCUGCGGCUGCUGCCUGACGUGCGCGCUGAGCGAGGGCCAGCCGUGCGGCAUCUACACCGAGCGCUGUGGCUCCGGCCUCCGCUGCCAGCCGUCGCCCGACGAGGCGCGCCCGCUGCAGGCGCUGCUGGACGGCCGCGGGCUCUGCGUCAACUCUAGUGCCGUCAGCAGCCUGCGCGCCUACCUGCUGCCAGCGCCGCCCGCUCCAGGAAAUGCUAGUGAGUCGGAGGAAGACCGCAGCGCCGGCAGUGUGGAGAGCCCGUCCGUCUCCAGCACGCACCGGGUGUCUGAUCCCAAGUUCCACCCCGUCCAUUCAAAGAUAAUCAUCAUCAAGAAAGGGCAUGCUAAAGACAGCCAGCGCUACAAAGUCGACUAUGAGUCUCAGAGCACAGAUACCCAGAACUUCUCCUCCGAGUCCAAGCGGGAGACAGAAUACGGUCCCUGCCGGAGAGAAAUGGAAGACACACUGAAUCACCUGAAGUUCCUCAACGUGCUGAGUCCCAGGGGUGUGCACAUUCCCAACUGUGACAAGAAGGGAUUUUAUAAGAAAAAGCAGUGUCGCCCUUCCAAAGGCAGGAAGCGGGGCUUCUGCUGGUGUGUGGAUAAGUACGGGCAGCCUCUCCCAGGCUACACCACCAAGGGGAAGGAGGACGUGCACUGCUACAGCAUGCAGAGCAAGUAGACGCCUGCCGCGAGGUUAAUGUGGAGCUCAAAUAUGCCUUAUUUUGCACAAAAGACUGCCAAGGACAUGACCAGCAGCUGGCUACAGCCUCGAUUUAUAUUUCUGUUUGUGGUGAACUGAUAUUUUUUUAAACCAAAGUUUAGAAAGAGGUUUUUGAAAUGCCUAUGGUUUCUUCGAAUGGUAAACUUGAGCAUCUUUUCACUUUCCAGUAGUCAGCAAAAAGCAGUUUGAAUUUUCUUGUCGCUUCCUAUCAAAAUACUCAGAGACUCGAGCACAGCACCCAGACUUCAUCCCCCCGUGGAAUGCUCACCACAUGUUGGUCGAAGCGGCCAACCACUGACUUCAUGACUUAGGCGGCUGUGUUGCCUAUGUAGAGAACACGCUUCGCCCCCACUCCCUGUACAGUGUGCACAGGCUUUAUUGAGAAUAGGGAAACCCUUACACCCCGGUCAUCCGGACAUCCCGACGCAUGCUCCUGGAGCUCACAGCCUUCUGUGGUGUCAUUUUUGAAACAAGGGCUUGGGUCCCUCAACCAAGAAUAAUGUUUAUAUCUUCAUUGGCCUGUACUGCUUGGGGACUAUUGGAGAAAAUAAGGUGGAGUCCUACUUGUUUAAAAAAAAAUAUAUCUAAGAAUGUUCUAGGGUAAUCUGGGAACCUAUAAAGGCAGAUAUUACGGGCCCUCCUUUUCAGGAACCUUCCUGAAGACAUGGCCUAGUUGAAGGCCCAGGAUGGCUUUUGCCAUGGCCCCAUGGGGUAGGAGGGACAGAGAGACAGGGAGAGUCAGCCUCCCCAUUCAGAGGCAUCACAAAUAAUGGCAUGAUUCUUCAGAUGAUUGCAGAAAAUAGUGUUUCAUAGUUCAACAACUCAAGACAAAGCUUAUUUCUGAGGAUAAGCUCUUUAAAGGCAAAGCUUUAUUUUCCUCUCUCAUCUUUUGUCCUCCUUGGCACAAUGUAAAAAGGAAUAGUAAUAUCAGAGCAGGAAGGAGGAAUGGCUUGCUGGGGAGCCCAUCCAGGACACUGGGAGCACCUAGAGAUUCACCCAUGUUUGUUGAACUUAGAGUCAUUCUCAUGCUUUUCUUUAUAAUUCACACAUAUAUGCAGAGAAGAUAUGUCCUUGUUAACAUUGUAUACAACAUAGCCCCAAAUAUAAUAAGAUCUAUACUAGAUAAUCCUAGAUGAAAUGUUAGAGAUGCUAUAUGAUACAACUGUGGCCAUGACUGAGGAAAGGAGCUCGUGCCCAGAGGCUGGGCUGGUCUCCCAGAGGCCAAACCCAAGGAGGUCUGGCAAAGUCAGGCUCAGGGAGACUCUGCCCUGCUGCAGCCCUCGGUGUGAACACACGCUGCACAGAGGUCUCCUUGAAAACAGAGGGGUCUCAAGACAUUCUGCCUACCUAUUAGCUUUUCUUUAUUUUUUUAAUUUUUGGGGGGAAAAGUAUUUUUGAGAAGUUUGUCUUGC